UUCAGUGCUUGAUAUCUCGGUUUCGCGGGGCAGAACGACACUUUUUCUGCCAAAUUCGUUCGUUUUGUGUGAAAACGCAUCAAAUUAACUUAAUUUAGUCAAAAUCAGAGAUUGUGGGGAUAUUUUGAAUAAUUUUUAUUUUUUACAUUAGAAUGAAAAAAGCUUUCUAUUAAAACUUUCUCUCUCUCUCUCUCUCUCUCUCUUUCUGAAGCAAGGAUUAAUACGCGCAAUUUUCAGUCAUCGCGUUUAAUUCGAAACUCCGAAACAAUUACCUAUCUCUCUCUUUCUCUCUCUCUCUCUCUCUCUCUCUCUCUUUCUCUUUCUCCCCUUCUCCUUCUCUUUUUACGCGAUUGCACUCCAGAAUCGUCGCGAGCGAUGCGAGUUAUAUGUUUUGAGUGCUGUUUCGUCGCAGUUUCGAGCGGAGACUCCGAAAAUUAUGCGAGCCCUGCUGUACCGAAGAUAAAUUGCAAUCAAUUCUGAGACAUUACGUCAAGUGUCGUGCGCACGAGAAGGAACGGCGAUCGUUUCCUGACGAGAGCGAGAGUCCGUAAUGGAGGGCGAUCGCUUAAUUGACAAGGAUCCUGAGAAAAACGAGGAUGCUGAGUCUAAGUCUAGGGAGACCCUAGGCUUAACCACCAUCGUAGCCUUGGAUACUCUGCAUCGCGAUGUUAAACGUGUCUUGCAGGAAUACGAAGAGGAUCACAGGAGAAAUAAGUAGUAUCUUGAAGUACAGAGCCUGGCUAAAGGACGCCCUACAUCAUCGUAGUCAGUAUACGACGCUAUGCUGGACCUCCGCAAUUGCGCUGUUGAUCAAUGCCGUUAUUCUCAUCGUUGCGUACUUCACACUCAAUGAAACAUGGUAUUCAACACUGCCGUUCGAAGGACUGAUAGUCUGCUGUUCAGUAAUUUUGAAUUUUAUCUUAGUGAUAUUGGAUAACAAAUUACGACAUGAGGAAAUCCCUUAUAGAGUAAAAAAUCUUCUUGAUCAACUCGAUGUUGCACGUUCUACAUGUCAAUGGAGAUCUGAAAAUUACCCACAUCUAUGUAGUCCACAAUCUCCUUGCUUGACUCUGCAGUGGACAUAUCGUGACGGUGUGGUAAUCAACUUGCCAUGGGCUUUAUUGGUGGCCGGUGACAUAAUCGUGAUGAAACCAGGCCAGCAAGCACCUGGAUAUUGCGUGCCGUACAAUGAUUCGGAAGCGCCAGUUUUGCAUGCCAGAGAGACUUACAGCGCGCCGGUGCAUAGUGCUAAUGAGAUUUUUUCCACACCGCAGUCCCGCGUGCCUCUGAAGAGCAAGAUCUACAAACUUCAGGAAACACCAUACCUGGCGAACUUGCGAAUGGCGCUAGAUCAAGCCCUUGAUCGACCUGUCACUUAUUACAAUCGCAAGCGUCACUUACUGAUGAUCUGCUGCAUCGAGCAUUUGACUUAUCCGAUAUUCGUGAUCGUUAUCCUCGUGGUCAAUCUGCUCCGUUAUCUGUACCUGACAGAUUACUUUGGUACCGGUCACUGGAGCGAGAUGUUCCUGUUACAACCGAUCGCCGUGAGUCUUCCGUUGUUGCCAUUGGUGUUUCCUGCCUGCUGGAUAUUUCUCAAUUGCUUCGGCAUGGCCCGCUUCAAAGCGUUGUUCAAGCUUUAUCUGUCCGCAAAAAAGCUUCAGUUUGUAGAUCCUUUUGAAGACGCGGAUAUCAAUGGUCCCAGUCAUCCAGACGUAGUAUACAACUGGCUGGAGCUCAAGGAAUACUUCUUUGACAUCCUUUUCGGCAAGGAGCACAUGAUGUCGCGAUCGGCGAGUAUUUUGCACGUUCUGGGUUCUGUGACCGCACUGUGCUGUGUAGAUAAGAAGGGAAUUCUCUCGUGGCCUAAUCCAACAGCGGAGAAAGUAUUUUUCCUACGUAACGCCAAUGUUUUGUCGCCGAGCUCGAGUACCGGCAGCGUGGACAAGACGGCCGAUAAGAACCAGGAUUCCGAGGAAACUAAGGUGAACUCCAACAGAACAUCCUAUGUGCAACAUGAUAUGUCGCACUCCACCGCCGAGGUCCUGGAUCUCACCCACGAUCACGCUCUACCAUUCCGGCUGCAGUUCGACGAUCACUCGUGGCGGCAACACCUGAACUCACUGAAGCCACUCGGCCUGGCGAUCCUUCUCAACACGUGCAACAUGGACACGCAGGAGCACUACAUGCAGUUCUGCUGCCACGUCACUUGUGAGGCUCUCUAUAACGAGAACUUGGUCCCAGUAACGAACAGACGCAGAUGUCUAUGCGAACUGGCAAAGCAAAUCGGCUUCCAGGACCAAGCGCAAAAAAUCUUUCAGCUGGAGCAGCAAUUGUGUACAUUUAGGCAUGUGCAACCGGAAAUGGUUAGACGGGACAUAAAGUUUGCGCGUUCACUGAGCAUCGCGACGAAGCUAAAGUUCCCGUUUCCUCAUAUGGUCGCCGUGGUCGUGAAGGAGCGCAGUGGUGGUGGCCUGCAAUUGUUGACGCAGGGAACGGCCGACAUAAUUCUAGAUUCAUGCAUCGAAUAUUGGGACGGCCAUGAUCUUUGUCCACUUUCCGCAUCAGACAGGAAAAAAGUGCAAGACUUCUAUCAGAGGACGAGCCUGACUUCGUACUGCACCGCAUUCGCUUACCGACCACUGACGCGCGCCAUCAGCGAUAAGAUGUCCGAUAUAUAUUUGGAACUACCUGCAGAUAGCAAACACUUAUAUACGCCUCACAGAAGUCCAACUCCCUUGCCGUGGGACUUCAGAAACGUUCUUGAUCCCCGAGUACGAGGAAUAUUGGGGCAGUUUCAUUCGACAGAUUCCUUGUUGUGCAAUGAAAAUAAAGAUGACGAUGUAAGCGACAUCGAAAGUUGCUUUGAAGUUCAGUGCAAUCAAGUCUUCAUCGGAAUGGUCACCAUGCAAUAUCAGGCGCAAACCGAUAUGGUACAACUGAUCGAGCAAUUGGAUAGGGCAUGCAUAAGAUUCGUUCACUUCAGCAAGGAGAACGAGCUCCGUUCGCGUGUUUUCUCAGAGAAGAUGGGCUUGGAGAGUGGUUGGAAUUGUCACAUCUCGUUACUCAGCGAAGGGGCCAGGUCCGAGAGUCCAGUGGGUUGGUGGGUGAGCCAGGCAGCAGCCAUGUCCUCACCCACUCCCUCACCCACGGCCCAAUCUCAUCAGCCUAAUUACUCCUGCAUGGACGAGGCCAGCCACUUGCUUAAUCGUGUCUUACCUCGCACCAAUUUGAACAACAGCCGAGCAAUGAGCAUGUCGGCGCCGAGCGCUAUCAACACUGACUUCUCGACGGUGAAGUUCGAUGAUGAAACCACCGAGUGGAACAUAGGGACCUCGCAAGUCAAGAGCACAAUGAGCCACAGAGAUAACAAACUGUCGAGCAGGGAGCAGGACACGGUGCGAAGUGAGGACAGCGUCCUGGUGCAGAGCGUUGAUCUGGGAUCAGGUCAGGAGGCUUGGAGAUCUUUGAGCUGUCUCACCGAUAGCACCGAGCAGAGCGCGCCGGUCAACUUCGAUCUGUCGAACAGGGCUAAACUGCCAAGGGGCAUAGACAAGAUACGUCCACACAUCGAACUGAUUGACAACGUUCCUUUACUUGUGUCCUUGUUCACUGAUUGCAAUACCACAGUGACUCGCGAGAUGUUGCAUAUCAUGCAGGACUAUGGCGAGGUGGUGUGCGUGCUUGGCUCCUCUGCCAACGCUGAGAACAUGCCAAUCUUCAUGCAGGCCGACGCGGGAGUGGCAGUGGAGCCCUUGUACCCUCAGGUGUGUCAGAAGGUGCCCGUGUUGGUGCCCACCACAGAGAGUCAGGGAAUUUCCCCAGUGGACCUGAGCAGGGCGCUUAACUCCGUCGCGUGUUCGCUGAGUGUGAAACGCGAGGACCCCGUGGCAAUAUUUCAUCUCAUUAUGGAGGCACGUCAUUACAUGAAGAAUGUAUGGAAUUGUAUACAAUUCUGGCUGUGCUGCUUAGUUACACUUUCGUUUAUGCAAAUGCUGUCGGCAUUUCUGCUGCUGCCGCCGUUGUUUUCCAUCGAUCAAGUGCUCUGGCUGUGCUGCUUGAUAAUUCCCAUACUGUCGACGUCUAUGAUCGCUUCGCCGAUAGAUUCGACGAUAAUGCAACGUGCAACCGGGAAGAAUCAAUGCGUAGUCAAUGGAGAGGUCACUCUAUUCGUGUUAUGGUGCUAUGGCAGCAAGUUUUUGCCAACGGUGAUUACGGUAAUCCUCUCGCAGUGUAUCUCGUUCCUGACGCUCUGCCCCGUCUACGUGCCACAGAACUCCAAGUGCCUGUACAUAUAUCCGGACCCGCGGGACCAGAUUUGGGGCGGUUGGGGCAGUAAGCCAAUCGUCGUUCUGGUCGUGCAACAUUUCGCCCUCACGCUCAUAGUCCUGCACUUCGUUACAAUAUCCAUCAGCUUUGUGCACAGAGAAUAUUCAAUAUGGAGGAAAAAUCCUAUGAGCAAUUGCAGUUGGUUUAUUGGUGUAUUUAUCGUAUUGUGUGUGCAAGCGGUGUUCUCCGGUAUGGCGUUCCGCAGAUUUUGGCGAGAGGAGGGGAAAAAAAUUGAAAAUUUCCCUAUACACGUGCCGUUGUUCUUUUUACUUUCCGUCCCGCUGACGUUCGCGUUUAACGAGCUGAUCAAGUGGCAAGAAAUCAAAGUGAACGUCAGGUAUCAGAAACGGGCGCGUUUGGAAUUUGGUACGAAGCUGGGAAUGAAUUCGCCAUUUUAAUUCAAUUUGUAGCACCGACUUGACAUCUUCGAAACAUCAAAAAGCGUUUUAAAAAUUAUACGGGUAUAUCAUUAAGUGUAUAUAUCAUUAGCAUAUAUUAUCGAAAGUAUACUGGUAUUACGGUUCAGUUGCUGCAAACUCGAGAGGUCCGAGGAUGGCUCGAGGAUUUUUAAACAAUGAGCUUUGUGUACUUACAACGCUGUGUCAAAUAUUGCCAAACGUAUUAGAUUCGAACAAAGCACCGAUAUUUUUCUAUAGCGACGUAUUUAUAUUUUUUUGCGAUAUUAUACGACGGGUACAUGUCGGUUGCCGCAGGGGUCGUCGUCGAUUGCGAGUUUAAAUGAACGCCGAGUGUGAGAUCUCAUAUGGUACGUUGGACUAACAACGAGAUUUCUAUCUCGUUUUCUCGAAUCGUUUUGAUGAAGGCGGUUUCUCUUUGACAAAUCAUUUGCGAGAAGCCGCGGGAAUCGCGUUGGCGCGUUAUUUUUCUCACUCCCGAUUCUGUCGUGAUUCAAGAUGUCCUAUUAUGAGGUCGCUUUAAUUUUAUUUGAUAAGAAAAAAAAUGAAUCGAUUAGUUCCGGACUCUUUUUUCUUCAAUUUUUAAAGACAUUUGAAAAAUUAUUAGAUACACAUGGAGAAAAAAAUUGAGAAGAUUCUAUCUUAUAAAUAGAACAGUGAGUUAACAAUAAAUAAUUUUAAUUUAACAAGAAGAUUGUUUCGUUCUUCUAGUAUCUACGCUAAAGCGAGUGAGGUAUCUGGGACAUCUUGCAUUUAACGACGUCUUAGUAUUACGUAGAGUAUUUGUACAUAAAGACGUUCCUAUCGGUAACUUUGACAUCCUUUCAACGUUCGAUUUCACGAGCUCGUUGUAGAAUCGCACAGUCAGUCGGGAAAUCGGAUGUUUUUAGCGUGAGUAGCAACGAUAGUAAUUUAUUCGUCGUGAUCGCAGAUUUAGCCAAGACUUUAGCGAAUUAAAUGUAUAACUCUACGAGAUUGUAGGUAGCCGCAUUGAACUAAAUUCGCGAGUUCUAGCGGGAGUCUCGCUGGCACGAGACGGUUCUCUGGUUGUGAGAAAGCGCUCGGUCAUCUAGACUGCAUAGGUUUUUUUUAUUUCUCGCUGAUAAAGUGGAAUAUGAUCUUGCGAGUUUUCAGAACCCCCACAAUCAUAAACUGACUCCGCAACUAAAUUUCUCCUUUUGCGCUGCUCUCAUUGUUCAAUUCUGACUAAUAAUAACAAUAAUAUUUUCUGUUUUUCACUCUAAAUUAAUUGACGACACAAUUCUUGUUCAUUGUGCAAAGUGGAGAUUCUAAAGGGAAAAUUAAAGAAAUUAUUCAAUCCUAAUAAGUUACUGGAGCGCAUAUAUUUAAGCGGAUCAAAAGAGUCAUUUUUUUUUAUAUUUUUGGAAAGUGUAAUGUUUAGCAAAAUUUCUUUUAAUUUGUCAACAAAUUAAAUUUCUCAAGCAGGCUGUUUGCUUGCUAAAUCUUAAAAAUCUAUCUUUUCUUGCUUGGAAUGGAUCUCUUUGUGUUAUACAACGAUAAGUUGAAGAUUUGACUGUACAGUUUUUGUUGAACGAUAUUCCACUCUCGUAGCAAAUUUAUUUUACUAAUAAACUUCCGUUAAACAGUAUGCUAUAUCCUGAUGCUGUUAAUACUGCAUUCUAGAUUUAAUUUUACGCAAUAAAUGGAUCUUUUUUAAAAUGGAAAUAAAAUCUUCACUAAACAAUA